AACAAAUGUGUAGUCUGUAGUGUAGAGUGUGUACAGGUAACGUAACACUUGGCUGGCACACGGAUUAUGGAAUAAGUAGUGACCGAUACCGAUAGUGAGUGGAGUGCACAGUGCCCAUUUCUAGUCUCUCGCAUCGUUUAUCACUAAUCCCGUCAUUAUCAAAUAAGACUUGUAGCUCUCUUUUAGCAAACAAAUAAUAAGGAUGGAGAUCGAGGUAGUGACGGCCAAGAGCUCCAAGAAAGUCGCCUCGCUGACGGCGCACCCAACGACGACAAUACGUGAACUCAAGCUUCAGCUGCACAGUAACAAGAAAGCGCCCAAACCGGAGAGGAUAUGCCUGCGCCUCGAGCCCAAAGGCAGGGCUCUUUCGGACUCUGAAACGAUCAAGAACCUGCAGCUCAAGUAUGGCUCCAAGCUGUACUACAAGGACUUGGGGCCACAGAUUGGCUGGAAGACCGUCUUUCUGGCUGAGUACGCUGGACCACUCGGCAUGUACCUAUGGCUCUAUCAGAGGCCCUGGCUUUUUUACGGAGACGUCGACGCAAAGAUGGAUUCUGUCGCACAAUGGGCAGCGGUAUUCUGGUCUAUUCAUUACGUCAAGCGAUUACUGGAGACUUUGUUUGUCCAUCGCUUCAGCCAUGCGACUAUGCCACUUAUGAACCUCUUUAAAAAUUGCUCUUAUUAUUGGUUGUUUGCUGCAUACGUGUCAUAUCAUGUCAAUCAUCCAUUGUACACGCCACCAAGUAGCAUGAAAUUUAUCAUUGGCUCGGCGAUAUUUAUUCUCUGUGAACUGGGUAAUUUGAGUAUCCAUAUAGCACUGAGGAACCUCAGGCCUCCAGGAACUACUGUGAGAAAAAUUCCAGUACCUACUGGCAAUCCGUUUACUUUGCUAUUUAAUUUUGUUUCUUGUCCCAAUUACACUUAUGAAAUCGGAAGCUGGAUUGGUUUCACCAUUUUAACGCAGUGCCUACCAGCUGGUUUCUUUGCACUCGCUGGCGCUUACCAAAUGACUGUGUGGGCCUUAGGAAAGCAUAAAUCAUAUAAAAAAGAGUUCUCAGACUACCCUAAAUGUCGCAAGGCCAUCAUUCCGUUCGUUCUGUGAACAAAUGAACGCAUUCCUAGUGAACAAAGACUACUAUUUAAGAAAAAUACAUAAAUACCUGGUGUCGUGCAUUUUUUUUGUUAGCAUUUUUACUGUCUGAAUAAAAUU